AUUGCCUACUGUAUUUCGAACUCAUUUUUUUGGUGUGGCAGUUCCCUAAGUGGAAAUUUUUACGUACCUACGCGUUUCCCCUAUCGGUAAUGGCAAUCGGGAAGUGUAAUGAAAGUAUUAUUUUCUUGUAUCGGAAAGGUUCUUCAUAAAGCAGUACACUCUCAAUUGCAAGUUAUCAAUUACUUAAGUACUCAUAUGAUGGCACCGGUAUACAAGCUGACAUAUUUCGAGUCGAAAGCAUUGGGCGAACCGAUCCGUUUCCUUUUGAGCUAUGGUAACAUCGAAUUUGAAGAUUUCCGCAUAGACUAUGACGGUCCCGAAUGGCAAAAGAUUAAACCGACAAUGCCCUUCGGCGAAACUCCGGUGCUGGAAUUUAACGGCGUUACGGCACAUCAGAGCGUCGCCAUCUGUCGUUACUUGGCAAAACAAGUCAAACUGGCGGGAACCAACGAUCUUGAGGACUUGGAGAUCGACACGAUAGUCGAUACCGUUGUCGAUUUGAGAUUAAGAAUAGACGAGUAUUACUACGAGGAGGAUGCGGAGGCUAAAGAGAAGCGUAAAAAACCGCUCUUUGAGGAGACCCUCCCGUUCUAUAUGGAACGUAUCGAGGCUAUCGUUAAGAAAAACAACGGACAUCUUGCGGUAGGCAAGCUCACUUGGGCAGAUCUGCAUUUUGUUGGCGUUCUGGAUUACUUAAACUACAUGAUUGGAAAGAACCUAAUAGCGGAUUAUCCAAGCCUUCAGGCCAUGGAAAAGAACGUUUUGAAUCUACCCGGAAUUAAGGAGUGGGUAGCUAAGCGCCCAGUUACAAUUAAUUAAGCUUCUGAAGUCGUGUAUUCAUGAUCAUUAAAAAUAUGUGAACCAUGUA